AUGAAAAUCAAAAGUAGGCAACACACUACUACCACAUGGCACGUAGGCCUCAACCAAAAGAAAAGUAAGCCAUAGAUUUCCCAUCCUCAUCUUCCUCGCAUGUCCAAAGUGUACUGUCCAACCCUUCGCAACUUCUCCCAAAAGCUCUAGGCAAUUUCAUUCCUCCACAGCCCAAAUUAAAGUAAGUCAUCAACAGCCAAAUUCAGCAGCUCCACCACCCAUUGGGUACCAACCAAACAAGGCUCAUCUCAGCCGCUGGUUACUUCCACAAACCAAGAACAACAGGAGAAAAAUCACAAGUAUUUCCAACCCACGAGUUGUCCAAAGCGAGAUUCAAACCAUGGGAUCAAAAACAGCCCUAACCCACCAAAUAUUUAUCAGAUUCCAAAAGCACUCCAUAAGAAUCAGUCCAAAAGGCCUUGCCACUGUCCAAAUCGCAGGGCAUGACCUUAAUUCCAGUAGCACUCUUAAUUUCAGCCCUUUGAAGGCCAAAACAGCAGCUCCAGCAAGGGAGAUCCAAACAGCAGCUCGAAGUAGUUGGGCAGAUUUGAGAUCCAAACAGCAGCUUUCCAAGGGAUAAUGUCCAGACAGUAAUUUUCCAAGGGUAUUAAACAAAAAUAUUGUACAAACUUCAAGAAAUGGCAGCCAAGGUAACCUUGAUUUUUAGAGGCAUGUGUUGUGGAGAUAAGUUAUCAAUCUUUUCCUGCAAAACUCUAACUUAAGCAAUCAUAAUAGCCAUUUUGAGAUCCUAGAAAAAAUAAUCUUUUUGAAAUAUAUAUCAUCACCCAAAUAAAAGUGGAGCGAAAACAGCAUAUGCUCUCAGCCUCUUACCCUAUCAAAGGGAUGAAAGCCCACAAAAGCCAGAACCUAGUAAGUAUGUCAUCUCCUGUAGGAAUUAUUCAUUCAUAUUUGAUGUUUAAGUAAAUCAAAUAUAAUGAUCUCUGUCUACAUACCUAGCUCUUUCUUCAAACAAGUAAUCUAACAUAAAAUUUUAUUUUUUCUAAUUAUAAAAAUAUGAUAAAAAUCAAAUUUCUUGAUGUAAAAUAUUAUAUUGAUAAUAUAGGGUAGAUAUGAUGCGUGGAGUACUAGACUAGUGUAAAUUUGGUAUUUUGACCAUAGAUCUAAAAUACUUUGAGAUUAUAACUUCAUUAUAACUUAUUUGUCAAAAAAACUGACACAAAUCUGCUCUGAAUCAUAUGCCCAAACAAUUCACAUAACUUCAUUAAAAAUUUCUUGAAGAUUGAGAAAUCUUACCUUAUUAUCGGAGUGACAGAGUGAAUGGAUCGGAAAAUACCAGGAGUGGAGGCCUGGAUCGAUCGGAGAAGAUGAAGAACUUGUGUGAGAAGAUGAAGAAGCUGCCGGGGCGCAGCCCCGACUAGUGUUGCAUGCCCUCAUCUAGGUGAAUCCUGAACCACCACUGGAAACACCGAGAAAGGCAGGGGAGUGCCUAAAAGCCGUCCUUAAUGUAAUACCAGGCCACAGAACCUACCCUACCCGAGAACGUAGGCACAACUUAACCCUUCUCGCGAGAUAAAGGGCUAAAAAUAGU